AUGCGAAACUAUCAGCUAGGCGGUGGGAUUGAAGAUGGCACAAAAAAGGGUUGCUCGGGAGGUUGUAAGCAACCGAAACGUGUACCAUUACGGCACAAGCACGGAAACUUAGGUUCGAAAAUCGUGAUUCUUGAUGAGCCAACAGCUGGUAUCGAUCCGUUCGCUAGACGUGCUAUCUGGGAUCUUAUAUUGAAGUACAAGGAAAAUCAUACUGUAAUCCUCGCUACACAUUUCAUGGACGAGGCUGAUAUCCUCGGUGAUCGUAUUGCAGUUCUAUCAGAGGUACGACAAUUGCUCCAUUGA